AUUCAGCACUGUCAACACUGUUGCAAAACACGCUUCUCCCUACUUCCACUCACGCUGCAGCUGCUAUGAAUGAGUAGCGAAGUGUAUCGAUAGCCCUGUGUUUUUAUUAUUAUUAGCAGCUCGUCGUGUUUAUUUUUAAUAUCAAGGAAUAUUUCACUUUCUCUGGUCAUAGGAACAGUAUAAAUUUGGGCACGAGGUAGGUGAGGGGUGAAACAAGUUUCAGCAUCAAGUGGAAGACAGUGUCCCCUCUCUCUGGUCAGUCUCACCGGAGGAACAGAAGGAGAGAGCUGGGAUUGCGAGAGGUGGACCCUCUGCUGCUCUCUCCCUCCCUACGCUGAGACUAAUGCCUUGUUCAAAACAACUAGGAACUCGGAAUCCCUCCUACAACUACAUCUAUUUUUUUCCAAUCGUUUUGGCAUCAAGUGGAAGACAGUGUCCCCAUCCAACCAUGAAUUCCAAGCCAGAAACUCGGGCAUCUUUCUAAAGCUCUGACUUUUAGACCUGAAGAUCACUGAGGUCAUGAUUUGAUCUGUAGUUCCCAGUUGUCUUGAAAGCACUAUGACCAUCAGUCCAGGAAAAUAAUAAAUCAAAUGAUUUGCAAAUGAUAUCCAUGAUGAACAGUUUAAUUGGGUAGGGUUCAACUUUAGACCUACCCUGUCUCUGGUACACACUUCAGUCCAGUUGGUGGCGGUAAUGUAUCACUGAAGUUCGUUGCCAAACCAUUGAAGAAGUGUAAACGGAAGUGCACAAUGACCAAGACAAAUUUCCACGUUAGCGUUUAUAUUGUUAUUUAGACAUGUAUUAACACCCUGGAACUGAGAAUAUGACUCAUUUUACUGCACAGCAUCAUAUACUUACCCCUGGUAGUCUUUAAUUCGCGCUGUAGACGGGACUUGGUUGAUAGAUCUGUUGUCUAGGUAACGCUAACUAUCUAGCUGCUAAUGUUAGCUAACUGUAUGAUUUUUCAUACUCAGAUAGCCUCCAUCAUGGAGGUGCUAGCGAAUGCAGCCGUUGCAGAGGUCUGUAAACUGGUAGACGACGACUAUGCAGUGUUUCGUUUGGAAAUAACUCAAAGUCAGAAAGAAAACAGUGCGUUGCGAAGGAAACUACAGCUACUCGAACUGAAGAUGGCACGAGAGCGCGUCCUCGCCAGUCGUUCCAGUAGCGUCAAAAUCAUUGACCGAUACAGAGGAAUGGCAAAAGGUGAAGGACAUCUCACUGGAGGCCACAGGAGCUUUGUGAAGCCAACGGGACACAAUACAUGGAGAGAUGACCAACCAAUCACUGUUAAUGAGGGGAGUGGAACCUCAACCCAGCAUGUUGUCAUGAUAGAGUCUGCAAAUGCAGAAGCUGCAGGUCAUGGGGUCAAGCUGGAGAGGUCCGAAGGAGAUGAGGACCCACGGCACAGCAGAGACAUCCAGACUGGAGCAGCGCAUGGAGUGGCGCCCCCUGUAGCCACCGAGGACCUCACCGCCGCGUCCCAGGCCAGGACCCGAUGCAGCAUCACGGAGGAGGAGGGUCCAGAGGUGCUGCUGGUGAAGAAGGAGGGUCUGGCGCACCAUGGUCAUGGAGGACAACCAGACUACACUUCCUGAACCCACAGAGGAACCAUCAGUAGAGAUGGAGGAUGGGAAGCCUGAUCUGCUGCUGGUCAAAGAGGAGACAAUAGAAGAUGGACAAGAGAGCAUUGACCUGCUGAGUGGACUAAAGAUGGGGGAGCAGGGUGGUUGGUUGGAGGCUAACAGAGGAGACUGGGCGGCCAUCUUGGAUUCCCAGACUUGUGCGACCAAGGCCCCUGGGGAUUUUAUUUAUAUUUUUUUAUUUCACCUUUAUUUAACCAGGUAGGCCAGUUGAGAACAAGUUCUCGUUUACAACUGCGACCUGGCCAAGAUAAAGCAAAGCAGUGCGACAGAAACAACAACACAGAGUUACACAUAAACAAAUGUACAGUCAAUAACACAAAAGAAAAGAAAAAUUGAAAAAUCUAUGUACAGUGAGUGCAAAUGUAGAAGAUUAGGGAGGUAGGCAAUAAAUAGGCCCUAGAGGCAAAAAUAAUUACAAUUUAGCAUUAAUACUGGAGUGAUAGAUGUGCAGAUGAUGAUGUGCAAGUAGAGAUACUGGGGUGCAAAAGAGCAAGAGGGUAAGUAAUACUAUGGGGAUGAGGUAGUUGGGUGUGCUAUUUACAGAUUGGCUAUGUACAGGUACAGUGAUCGGUAAGCUGCUCAGACAGCUGAUGCUUAAAGUUAGAGAGGGAGAUAUAAGACUCCAGCUUCAGAGAUUUUUGAUGACAUCACCAAGCAGGCCAGGACCAGAGGCGACAUCGAUGAGGUCAGUGGAUUAGACAGCUUCCUCAACUCUGGGCUCUGGAACAACACUGUUAACCACAACCAGAAACAGACAGUCAAAACAAAAACCAAAUUUAGUCUCCAUGACAACAGACUGCCUGAGACCAGGGCGAGGCGUAGAUUUGGUCUGCGGGGACGGGGAGGUGUCCAUAUGAGACCAGACAGAGACUCGGUUAGCGAUGCUUCGUCCUGCUCCUAUAGUUGUGAUUCAGAGAGACUGAUGGUGCCUCAGGUUAACCCCCUAACAGGUGCUGCCUUCAGCCUGCCUUCUAUAGGAUCUAUCAACUGGAACAUGGACCCUGUGACAACACAGACACUCCCUGACCUUCAUCCUCCUCACACUCUCCUAAUGUUAAACCAGACCUCAGACAAUGCCAGUGCCUCAACACUAAAUGGCUACACAAGCCCAUUGACAAAUUACAGUAGUAGUAACGCUAUCAGCAGAUCUGGUGGCAAAGAGAAGAGCUUCCCAUGUUCAUUCUGUGGGAAGUCUUCAGUUUCCCCAAACAGGAGGAGAUCCACCAGAGGAUGCACACGGGGUUGAAAAUCUUUCGGCCGCCAACUGUGAGAUGUUCUCUCAAAGGCAUCAGCUGAAGAUGCACCUGAAGGUCCAUAAGGGAGAGAGGCCGUUUGCCUUUAUAGACAGUGGGAAGAGGUUCUCAGAGAGGAACUACCUCAGGAUACACCAGCAGAAAAUGCACACGGCCCAUGUAUAGUGUGAUAUGUAAUGUAGUACUUGUUAGUUUGUAGUUCAUUCUAUUGGUUUGGGAUGUAGUAGUAGGAACGUGGAUGAGGUGAACUGAGGAAAGAAUGAGUAUGAUGAGGCAGAGUAGAUGAUGUGAUGGUUGGUGUGAUGGUGUCUGUAAAAAUGCUUCACUGAUGAAAAGUGACAAUCUUGUCCAGUUGUUUGAUGCUGGUGUUUUAUAAUGAGGAAAUGAGUGCCUAUAUUUACUUGACAUUAAGUAGUGUGUAAUGUAAUGACAGUGUUAUAAAUGUGAAUUAUCAAAAGUGAGGGUACCAUAUUUACAGAAAAGGUAAAGUGUUACCAUAGUGAGAAGUUAUUCUACCUAUCGUUUUGUGCAAUAAAAUUAUGUUACUUCAUGUUAUGUGAGCAUAUGACCAUUUUGUUUAAAUACAUUUUUUCCUUAUCUCAGUCGAACCAAAACAUACUUAAUUUUUGAGUCAACACAUUGCCAUUAUUUUUUAUGAACUCCAAUGACUAUUUUUAGGUACUUGAAUCAGUGUUAGAAAUGGGCUUGACUGUGGUUAAAGUUUUAUAAUAUGUUGUUUCUGUGUGUACAGCAAAGAGUUUCUUAUAUAAACCUUUAUGCUUUUCUGUUCAAUUUGUCUUUACAGUCUGCAGUCCAUGAGUACCUGCUGAUAUCCGGUGUUGCUGGUGGGAGAGACUUGACCUCUGAAGCGGCUGGUCACAAAACCUGACCCCGGACCAGGACUCUGGAUCAGAAACCGUCCCUCUUCCUUCCUAAGUCAGAACCUGGUCCAAAUCACGAGGGACAGAGACUUCACCAGCACACAACCAGUGGACAGAACAACCUCAGUCCUGGUGGUUAUCAGAGAGACUGUGGCCCCACCCUGGGCUUCAGCCUUCACAGAGACUGGUGGUAGUCUAUCAGCAAGUCUGUCUUCUCUGACAGGGUCUUGUUUAAUGCCUGGUGACUGGGUUCAUAGAAAGUCUGAUGCUGGACCUAUGUCUAGCCUUCCUCAUUUACCUCAUGGUUACCCCACCAAUACAGACAUGGUCAGGUUGCACGUUCACCAGAAGAGGUACAUAGCCUAUAACACAGCACACAAUCCAAACAACAUCCAGUCAAGGAGGGAGCUCAAAGACUAACCACCUGAACCACCUCUGGUGUUAUUGGGUCACAACAUGGGAGGCCGAGCAUUAGGACGGGCGCCGACAAGCCACACGCCUGCCCCAUAUGUGGAAAGCGCUUCGCUGAGGCGAACUAUGUGAAGGACCACCAGACCGUUCACACCAAGGAGAGGCCCUUCAAUUGUAAACUGUGUUAAGGUGUCCGCAUGCUUCCCAGCCAAAACAGUUUGGAAGAGUUUGUGCAUAUAUUAUGAGGCAAGCCGAAGUCUACGCCCCUUCGUUGGUGACUGGUCAACAGUAGAGCUUCUUCAUUAGUCUUUGUCAUUCAACGAGAGACGACUAGUUGUCGUGCACAUUUUUUUCAUUGAGAUAUACAGCACCAAACAUCUUGGCUGUGAAAUUGCGCGACUAAGAUCUCGGCAAAAGCGUCCAAUUUAAUGACAGAUUUCUUGAGUUAUCUUAGAUUAACUAACUAUUUUGAGGGUGUAUACUGGCUACAGCGUCUCAAAAUGGACAAACAGUACUAUUGCUGUUUUUUUUCCUAGUUUUUAAAGCGAAGGUCCUAAGGGAGUAUGCGAGCACAUUUGUUCGGUUAGGCGCCACCCGAACUGAAGAAUGCUGACGCCUUUACAAGAGCUUCUCCUUCGGGAGUAACCUUGUCUGACACAGGAGUGUCCACAAUGGGGAGACAUUGUAGCAGUGUGGCUUGCGAUGUACACAGGGGUUUUCUGGGAACCAUUCUUUAGCUGAAUUAUUAUAGUUAUCAUGUGAAGUGUCUUGGGGUAAGAGGGUAAUUAACCACAUACCCCUCAUUAACCCUUAUUUACCUAACUGAGGUAAUUUAGAUGGAAUAAAGUAAUUCUAUUAUUUUCUACUGUAUUCUUGCUAACACACUGUUCUUUCUAAUCAAAUCAGCUCCGAGCUUGAAAAAUGGUGAUCAAAGGAGAUUUGAUGUAACGUAAUAAGCUGUACCGUAAUUCAAAGAACAGUGCGCAAUACCUUUUUCAUUUAACCCAGCCCUUGAGUUAUGACGCCAACAAAUAAAAUGCUUUGUCUUCAGUGUAAUUA